CGUAAAUAAAGCAGCAUCCCAGGUGAGCAGGUACUCAAAGAGUUGACGAUGGGAAGUGAAAACUUCACAGGUUUGCCGCAAACUCUACUGCCUCAUAGAAGCCCACGAAAGGAGCGCGGCUGUCUAGGGGCAACUGCGUACCAACUCGCGUAGGAGGGGGGCAAAACAGGCCAAAUCGGAAGGGGGGUCCAGGAAAAGUAGUAACAUGCCCACUGCAGUCCGUCUCCUCGGGUUCCCGAUCUCAAGAAAAAUACACAAAAGCGAACUCGGUACCCUUCUGCCCCACGCCAGACUCCCAGAAAAAAGCUCGGCCCCAAGUCCCGGAGUCCGGGGAAGGCCGCCUCCGGAGAAGCCCCCGCAGACGCCAUACUAAAAGUCAAAAUGGCUGCCCCAAGGAAGCCCGCACCGCGUAGCUACUGAGGGCUGGGGAACAGGCGUCUGCGGGAAAGGGGGAGGGGGACUCGAGGAAGAGCCGUCGCGGGGACCGUCACCGCCCGAGUCGCAGAGUUAUAGCUUAGAACUUUUGAGCUGUAUUUGGAAAAGCACUGGCCAGGGAAAAAAUGAUAAAAUUCUUCCUUAUGGUGAAUAAACAAGGACAGACUCGACUGUCUAAGUACUAUGAACACGUGGACAUUAAUAAGCGCACACUUCUGGAAACAGAGGUCAUAAAGACCUGUCUCUCUCGAUCCACCGAACAGUGUUCUUUCAUUGAAUAUAAGGAUUUUAAGCUGAUAUAUCGGCAGUACGCAGCUCUCUUCAUUGUGGUCGGAGUUAAUGACACUGAGAAUGAGAUGGCCAUUUAUGAAUUCAUCCACAAUUUUGUGGAAGUUUUAGAUGUGUACUUCAGCCAAGUGAGUGAACUAGAUGUAUCCUUUUUCAGUAGUGACUUCCAGAGCAUGGGAAAGCAACUGUCAUUCUAAUGAGGAUCUCACCAUGUUACCCAGGCUGGCCUCAAACUCCUUGCUCAAGUGAUCCUUCUUUAUCCUUGAGAGUGUUUCCUGGCUCCCAGCCACUCUUCUCGUUGUCACUGUGCUCUGAGUCCUCAAGGUACCAUAUCCCUCCCCUACUCUCUUUCUCCACCAAGUUCCUCUGCUCCCUGCACCCACUCUUUAUUCCAUGAUUCUGGUUCUGUUUUAGUCAGAAGUCAGGCUUUCCCAUUUAACACUGACUUUCACAUUUAAUUUUGCAUAAGCAAAAUAUAUGUAAAUUGUAUGGAAGCAAAAUUAUAUCUGACUGUCCUGUUCCCCAGAAAAUGAAUGGGUGUUUAAGGAAGAAGAUGCACCCCUGUCUAGUGGCCUCAUUGACCAGAGACAUACAGAGCCUAAAGGCGCACCACACUCAGCCUCUGCAGCAGGAGUCUCUCACAUAGUCGUCUCUGUGGUGGCUCGAAUUUAUGUGGAAAAAUGAACACAGUGGCCCUCGGCGGCUUUUCCACUAUCUUAGAAAAUUGAAUUUCAGUAUAAUAAUGAGACAAGUAUUUUCCCACCCUACUUUUGUGUUAAAGAACUCUGUUUAGCUAGGAUGGAGUGAGAAGCCAAGGGACCUAAGACUGAAGGCUAAGUUUUUUGUUUUUUUUCCUUUUUAUCGGUACCGGGGAUCGAACUCUCAACUGCCUGCUUGCAAGGCAGGCGCUUAUGCCACUGAGCUAAAUCCCCAGCCCCCAAGGCUAUACAGUUUUUAGGGUGGGCUCUCCCUAGUAUUGCUUUGAAGGUUCCAUCAGAGUCAAUGCCGCUUGGUGUUUUCACUUAUUAAAGGACAACAGAGCCACCAUGAUGCUGUUAAAAUACAUUAAAAAAGUGUUUUGUGAUUCAGAGUUCAAAAUUGCAACGCAGAAAAAAAAAAUUCCAGUGUAGGAUCUAAAAACUGUUGUUUUGGUUUUUUUAGAGAGGGUCUCCUUAUAUAAUUCAGGCCAGCUUUGAAUUCACUGUGUACCCCAGGAUGGCCUCAAACUUAUGGUGAUCCCUCUGCCUCAGCUUCCUGAGUGAGAUUACACGCGUGCCUCACCACACCUGGUUUUUUUGAUCUCUGAACAUUAUAAUCACUUUAACUAAAAAUUUGUUUCAAACUGGGUGUUAUGGCACACACCUGAAUUCCCAGCACUCCCAGAGGCUGAGGCAGCUAGAUCACAAAUUUGAGCUCAACCUGAACAAUUUAAGUGACUUCGUGAGACUUUCAGAAUUUUAAAAGAGCUGGGGAUGAGAUGCAAAGGCCCGGGUACAACACCAGUACUGUCAAAGUGGCACUAAUAUUAUUGGUCUUAUGAUGUUCUUAUCCACAUUACAUAGAAAUUCAGAAAGGCUGUCAGUCUUCAUGGUUGAGAGAAAGUAGAACUUGAGUACCUCUGCUGUUUGGGAAGCUGUUUGUAGUUCCUGUCAGGUCCAUGAGGCCCACAAAAGAAAGAAAUUGCCUUAAAGAUCUUUAGUCAGUUCAGUUCAGUGUAGCCAGAGAUAAGUUCCUGGUGCAGUGGUCACCCUCAGCUGACUAAAUUAGCAGACCCAUGGUCCAGUCCUUUCUUGUUUCUUCCUAUUUCAAAUGUCAGGGUUGAAGUACGCUGGUGUUUAUUGCCGUGAGGGUUGGCAUUGGGGUAUGUUUUUUAGUCCCUGCCCUCCUGGCACAAGGCCCAAAUGCCCCACUCUUGGCUUCACCAGUGUGUACAAGUUGCUCAUAAACCACAUCAAGAUGUGAACAGCAGCUGGAUUCUUAUUUUAAAGGAGUCACAUGAUCACAGGGUAGUUAGCAGGCCUCGCCUCCCAUUAGCUUUGGUUUGUGGUUUUCCCAUUCAGUGCCAGAAGUGGCCUGAUUAUUAGGAUCUGAGCCACCACACAGGCAGAGUCACAUGCCCAUGGUACAGGAUGGCCGAGUGAGUAACGCAAGUUUCCGGGAUGUUGAGACCUUCACACUUGCUGUAGUACUUUAUCCUUGCAAGGUAGAACCCUCAGCUGACAGCGGUUGAUAUGAUUCAGCAGUAAAUUCUGAGCUCAGUUUUGAAAUAUUUGAGCAGCUGCUCAAAGGGACAUCUGAACUUCAUGUCAUCUGUUUGCCAGAGAUGAAGCAGUUGUCAGAGCAGCUGGAUGCCUGAUCCAAUUCAAAUACGUUAACAUUAGAUUUCUUUUCCUCAAAUCAUCAGCAUUUUUGGGGCUGGGGAUUUAGCUCAGCGGCAUAAGCGCCUUCCUUGCAAGCAGGCAGUCGUGAGUUCGAUCCCCGGUACCGAUAAAAAAGAAAAAAGAAAAAAAAAGAUCAUCAGCAUUUUCAAAGGCACAGAGGCUUCCAUUUCCCUUAAUAUAACUGGAGUUCUGCAGACUUUUGUUUUGUUUUGUUGUUUUUGUUUUCUUGCAGCUAUCUAAUGCUUCUCUGUCCUGCCUUUUUAUUUCCCUGAUUGUCUUUUCCACCAAGUCUCAAGCUUAUAAAUUCUGGCUUCUGGGCUGGGGAACAGGUUUGAGUCAAAGGCCUAACAUUUGUUCCAGUCCCAGUUAGGCCAUGGACAAAGCAAUCAUCUAUGUAAUUGGAAGACAUUAUUAAUAGUUAUACCAGAGUAAAGCUUUUUUUUUUUUCUGGGUCACUUAAGGACAGUUCCCAUCGGCUCCUGAAAAAGUUUAUUCUGCUGAAGCACUAGAGCUUAAUGAGAUGUUAACAUAAUCUAAUGGAAACUUAGAAGCCACUCACAGGUUGCCUGUUCUCUACAGAUGUACUUUACUAAGCAAAUACAGCAUAAAUGAUGAGCAUCUGGAAUUACUGAAAAGAAAUCGCAUAAUAAUGAUUUGCUACCACGGCUCACCAGUAAAAACCUCCCCUACUGUGUUUAAUCACCUAUUUGUUGAAUGAAGUUUGUCCAACUGAAA